AUGGACGCCGAGAAAUCCCAUCCUGGAAGCGUUGGGAGCUUGCAGAUAGAUAGUCAGCAGACUUCCGUUACGCAACUUGACGAUGGAAUCAACGAGUCUCCCCAGCAAUUUGCAGAGCUCGUCCACGCACUUUCAAGACGCAGCACGAGAGCGUCCGACAGUGACGAUCCGUUCGACACCGACUACCCCGCUUGGACGCUCGAGAAAACCCUCAGAGCCGUCCUGAAGCGUUCGAGCGAUGAAGAUGUGGCUCCCAUUUCUCCCAGCACGUCAGUCAGAUGGCGAAACGUUGAAGUCCAUGGAGAGGGCGCCGUCACAACGUCCCAGUCAGAUGUAUUGUCGGUCUUCCUGGAUCUCUUUCGAGCCGUCAGUGGCAUUCUCGGAAAGGGCCCGCAGCGGGAGAUCCUUCACGGAAUCAAUGGCCUGGUCAAAGAAGGGGAGAUGCUGCUGGUGCUGGGCCGUCCGGGGAGUGGGUGCUCGACGCUGCUGAAAACUCUCGCCGGCCUGACCGAAGGCUACUCCCACUGGGCUGGCGACAUCACGUACAGCGGCGUCCCAAUCGACAUCGUGAAAGAGCGUUUCCGCGGGAAAGUCGUGUACAAUGCCGAGGUUGAGAACCAUUUCCCAUACCUGACCGUUGCCCAGACGCUGGAGUUCGCCCUCAAGACCAAGACCCCGAAGCAGAGGAUCGGCCACCUCUCCCGCGACGAGUACAUCGAGAAGAUGAGAAACAUCCUGGGUGCUACCUUUGGUUUGAGGCAUACCUUCAACACCAGGGUUGGAAACGACUUUGUCCGUGGGGUGUCCGGUGGAGAGAGGAAAAGAGUCUCGAUUGCAGAAAUGCUGGCCACUCGUGCUUCGGUGACAUAUUGGGAUAACCCGACGCGAGGCUUGGACUCAUCCACCUCGCUCGAAUUUGCCCGUGCCCUGCGCGUGGCAACCAACCUGACCGGCCAUGUCGCAGUGACCGCGCUGUACCAGCCAGGAGACUCACUCGUCGAGAUCUACGACAAAGUCACGAUCCUUUACGCCGGUCACCAGAUCUGGUUCGGCGAUCUCAGUGACGCAAAGCGCUUCUUCCAAGACAUGGGCUUUCUCUGCGGUCCCCGCGAGACGACGGCCGAGUUUCUCACCUCCAUCACCGACCCUGUUGCUCGGCAAGUGAGAUCCGGCUUCGAAGAGCGUGUUCCUCGGACUCCGGAGGAAUUUGUCUCGCGUUGGAAGGAGAGCGUCUACUACCAGAGGCUGAUGGCGGAGAUCGAGGAGCACGAAAAGCAGUACCCGCGAGGCUGCUCCGAUGCGCUGCAGAAUUUCAAGUCCGCACAGGCUGCAGAGAAGACCUCGUGGACCAGGAGCCGUUCCCCGUACAUGCUCAAUCUGGGAAGGCAGUUCAUGGCGACCUAUAUCCGCGCCUAUCAACGCAUCCUUGGCGACAAGGCAUACACACUCUCUAUCGUCGUCACCAUGGCCGUCGUCGCCCUGGUCAUCGGGUCCAUGUUCUACGACAUCCCCGAGGACACCAGCGGGUUUUUCUCCAAAGGCGGCGCAAUCUUCUUUUCUGUACUCUUCAACAUCCUCGUCAACUUUGCCGAAAUCAGCGCACAGUUCUCACAGCGACCGAUCGUGGAGAAACACAAAUCCUAUGCCAUGUACCAUCCGUUCAUCGACGCGCUUGCCUCCAUGGUGGUGCAGUAUCCGAUCAAGCUGCUCAACGUGGGAGUCUUCAGCGUCAUCAUCUACUUCCUAGCCAAUUUCAAGCGCGAGCCCGGUCCGUUCUUUCUCUUUGUGCUCUUUACCUUCCUGGUAUCUGUAAUGAUGAGCGCCCUGUUUCGGACGAUCGCUGCUCUCGCGAACCGGGCGGAAACGGCCCUGGCCACCGCGGGCGUUCUGCUGCUGCUCUUGGGCAUCUAUGCCGGCUAUAUCAUUCCCCGGCCAUCCAUGCAUCCGUGGUUCAAAUGGAUCAGCUACCUCAACCCAAUAUAUUACGCGAUCGAGGCCCUGAUGGUUGUCGAGUUCCACGGGAGAAACGCGUUAUGCAACACGCUGGUGCCAUCUGGACCAGGCUAUGAACACACGAGCGUGUUGAACCAGGUCUGCGCCGUCACCGGGGCCCGUCCUGGACAGCUGUACGUGUCGGGAGACGACUACGUGGAGCUUUCAUUCUCCUAUUCUUAUUCCCACCUUUGGAGGAAUCUGGGGAUAUGCAUCGCGUUUUUCGUGUUUUUUGUGGCCACAUAUGCGGCUGCUACAGAAUUCAAAAACCCACCGGCCUCGAAGGGUGACUCGCUGGUCUUUCAUCAUCCCAGGCUGCCCUCCGCAAAGCGUGUUCCUAAAGAGGAUGACGUGGAGGACCGGGCCAAUGAAUUUGUGGCAGUCGGUCAACAACAGGAAGCUCUGAUGGAUGCUGUCGCCCGGGGCGAAAAGGUCUUUACGUGGAAGCACGUCAACUACGAUAUCGAGCUCAAAGGAGAGACACGCCGUUUGCUGUCCGACGUUCAAGGGUAUGUGAAGCCCGGGACCCUGACGGCCUUGAUGGGAGAAUCCGGCGCCGGGAAGACGACCUUGCUUAACGUCCUCGCACAGCGGAUCUCGGUGGGGGUAAUCACUGGCAACAUGCUGGUCAAUGGAUCUCCACUGGGCCGCUCAUUCCAGCAGGAAACAGGUUAUGUUCAACAGCAGGACAUCCACCUCGCCGAAUCUACCGUUCGGGAAGCCCUUCGAUUCUCCGCUCUGCUACGCCAGCCAAAGGAAGUUCCCGUGCAGGAGAAAUAUGACUAUGUAGAAAAGAUCAUUGCCGCUUUGGGCAUGCAGGAGUACGCAGAUGCUGUCAUCGGCGUGCCUGGCCAGGGACUGAACGUGGAGCAGCGCAAGAGGACAACAAUUGGGCUGGAGCUCGUUGCUAAACCAACUCUCCUACUGUUCUUGGAUGAGCCGACAUCCGGACUUGACUCCCAGUCCGCUUGGUCCAUUGUGAAGUUCUUGCGAGACAUGGCCAAUGCCGGCCAGGCCAUUCUCUGUACCAUCCACCAGCCCUCUUCCAUGCUGUUUGAGCAGUUCGACCGUCUGCUGCUGCUUGCCAAAGGUGGAAAGACCGUCUAUUUUGGCGACAUUGGCCCCAACGCCAGCACGGUGAUCCAAUACUUUGAGAGGAACGGAGCCCCAUCUUGUCCCGAGAAUGCCAAUCCCGCCGAGUACAUCCUGGACACAAUCGGAGCCGGAGCGACAGCCCACGAGGAACGGGACUGGGCUGAAGUCUGGAAGUCGAGCCCGGAAUUCCAGCACGUCUCGGUGGAAAUCGAGAAACUGAACUCGACGCACCAGGAGGGCAGCCCGGCUGGGGAAAACACUGACACUGCCGACACAUCGAGUGGAUAUGCCAUGCCCUGGUUGCAUCAGUACCUGGCGGUGCAGCGGCGUCUAUUCCAGCAGUACUGGCGCAGUCCAGUCUAUAUCUGGAGCAAGGUGUUCAUCAACCUGGCAGGCGGGUUGUUCCUCGGAUUUACCUUCUACAAGGAACCCAACUCGGUCGCGGGCCUCCAGAACAAGACCUUCUCUGUGUUCAUGCUCCUCCUGCUCUCGCUCGUGAUCAUCGUGCAGCUGCAGCCGCGGCUGAUCCAGUACCGGGAGCUGUACGAAGUGCGCGAGCGGCAUUCCAAGAUGUACCACUGGACCGUGUUCGUGGUCGGCAGCAUCGUGGCGGAGAUCCCGUUCAACAUCAUCAUUGCCUCGGUCUGCUUCAUCUGUUGGUAUUUCCCUAUCGGCUGGUGGCGCGACAUCUCCGACGGCCGGGGCGCCUCGAUGUGGUUUGUCUUCAUGCUCUACCAGCUGUACCACACGAGCUUCUCGCAGAGCCUGGCCAUCGUGGCCCCAGAUGCCGAGACGGCGGCCAUGCUGACGAUCCUCUUCUACACGUUCAUCCUCGCCUUCACCGGCGUCGUCCAGCCGCUCUCGCAGCUCGUCGGAUUCUGGCACUUUGCCUACUACGUGUCGCCGUUUACGUACCUCGUUUCCUCGCUGAUGUCCACCGCAACGCAUGGGGUUCCUGUCCGAUGCGCGGAGCCGGAAAUCAACAUCUUCAACCCGCCUGCGGGGAUGACCUGCGGAGAAUAUGCGGGGGUCUUUGCACGCGAAGCCCUCGCGUCGAUUUACAACCCGGACGCCACUGCAAAUUGCCAGUUCUGUCGGUACGCGGUGUCGGACGCGUAUCUGGCGGGCGUGAACAUGUUCUACGAGGACCGCUGGCGCGAUUUCGGCUAUCUAUGUGCGUUCACCGUCUUCAACACCGUCCUCUUCUUCGCGGUUUACUGGCUGCGUUCUCGGGGGGUCGGUUCACGGAUUUGGGUUAAUGUGUCGAGAGUUCUGCCUGUUGAGAAGGUGAAGCAGGUGCUUCACCGCAAGCCUGAUUGGAAGGUUUAG